GAGGAAAUUGAUAUUGACGAAGCAACACAACACGGGCGAGUUACUUGCACGGAAAUUCGCCCGCUUCCCAAUUUGUGCGUAUCUCGUCUGUGUUGGUCCGCGUUAUCUCCCGCCAUUCGCCGGGAAACCGCCGCCAUAACCGCCGCCGCGGUGUUUCUUUACUUGCUCGGCGGUUGUGCCGGCCACGGUCUCCGCCGCAUUGAAGGAGGGAACUUUUUUCACCCCUCAGAGACCACCGAAUUCACUCAUGUCCUCACCGGAGCAUGCCCUAGUCUCCCUACUCUCCCAGUUUGCUUUCUCAUUCGAUGGAGCCGUUUUGGGCGCAGCCCUAGCUUAUGCUGCCGUACGUACCGUCCUCAAACUCACUACUUCCCGUUCCGCUCUCAACAAUCUUCGCGAAGCUCCUAAUGUUAGAGUUUCUGAUCUCCGCUCCGACGGGAAUUCGAAGCAAUCCGAGUCCGAUCAGAAGCUUGUUGUAGUUCGUGGCACCGUGGAGGCCAAAUCGUCUGUGGAAGGUAGUUGGAAGAGCUUACUGCCCAAUGUAUUGAUUUCUCAAGAGUCCGGAGAUAGAGCGGUGAUUAUUCAGCGUACUCAAAUGUGCAUAUUCAACGAAUGGAAAGGCUUUUUUGGAUGGACUUCUGAUUUACGUGCAAUUUUUGCAAGAUCCUUUAGAAAGCAAGAGUCAACAUCACUUAGAACGGUUCCUUUUGUCCUUGUUGAGGGUGGUUUGCUGCCGUAUUCUAAUUUUGUUGUUGUCAACAUGGAUGGCUCAAGACAUCCCUUGCCUCUUACAACAGUGUAUCAUCAACUGCAGCCCGUUUGUGCUACUCCUUAUACAUUCCUUCAGGCACUUUUUGGUCAUGAGUACCCUGUUGGUGUGCUUGAUGAGGAGAAAAUACUUCCAAUAGGAAAAGAUAUCAGUGUUGUUGGCGUAUGCAGUUUUAGAAAUGAAAUUCCUGAGAUAAAGUCAUGCAAGGAUUUUCCCUUUUUCCUGUCCGAAAUGACCAAGGAUCAGAUGAUUUUGGAUCUAGUCUUCAAAACAAGGUUACUGUUCUGGAGUAGUAUUGUACUCGGUUCAUUGUCAAUUGGUAUUCUUGGCUAUUCUGUUACGAGAAAUUGGAAUAGAUGGAAAGAGUGGAGGCAAGGGAGACGGUUACAGGAUUCAAGCAAUGAUACUACCUUUGACAGUGAUUCUGGAGCUACAUCAGAUGACGACGUAGCUGGCAUUCGUCACGGUCCAAAUGACGAGGUAGUAGACGUUCCAGAUGGACAGUUGUGCGUGAUCUGUCUUACAAGGAGAAGACGAUCUGCUUUCAUUCCAUGUGGUCAUUUAGUUUGCUGCGAACGUUGUGCCAUAUCAGUCGAACGUGAAUCAGCUCCUAAAUGUCCUGUGUGCCGCCAGCAGAUCCGUAGUUCUGUGCGGAUAUAUGAUUCAUGAGGAGAAACAAAUUAUCCUUUUCUGGUUACAAGUCUAACCAUGACACAUCUAUGUAAGCAUGCAUGUGAAGUUGCCUCAACUCAUUCAUCUGUGUCACACCAUUUAUACUGAUACUAGUAUAUUAUAUAUGAGAUUUUGUAUCUGUGCAAGUGAUUCCAGAGGGCAGUGGGAUCCGGAUGUCUUUUCCUCUUUUUUUCUUUUCUUUUUUUUUUAAUAUGGGGUCUGUUUUUUGAACAUUGAUGUCAGAGCUGGUUGUUAAAGAAUUUCCAAAGCCAGAUUUGGAGUGAUAGCUCAUGUAAAUACCAGAUAAUGUCCUCUUUUUUCACUUUGUAACUUGCUGAUAUGUGAUAUGAAAAGAAACUUCAAUA